AAUUAACGUAUAUCAAGUUCCUUUAAAAUGUUAACAUGGGGGCUUCUUUUGGUGUAACCCAUUCACAACAGUGAAGUUUUCUCUUUUUCUUUAUCACUUCCUGCUUAAAGGUGUUCAAGGAUUUUGUAGUAAAGAAAACUAUUCAAAAUGGCAUCUGCACCGCGGUUGCUAGUUGGAGCAAUAGUCUUUGGAACGACAUUUUCUAGUUGGGCUUUCUCUUUCAAACAUGAUUAUGAAAGAGACCAUACGAAAGCAACAGUAAAAAUGUGGAAUUCAGGAACGCUCACAACCGAAAAGACCCCAACCUGUUUAUUAUUGAAACCAGAUGGUACUUUUGACGCAUUUGGCUACGAUGCAGAAAGUAGAUACAGAGAACUUGCAGACAACAAUGACCACAUGCAUUACUAUUUCUUCAGACAUUUCAAAAUGUCUCUCUUUAAACAGUUAGGAAGGGCAGGCACGAAAAAGGAGCAACUGACAAUAGCCCUUGAACCAGUCCAUGGUGUACAAGAUCAGAACACUCUACGGGAGGUGGUAGCUUCUAACGUUGUCGGAUGGGGUGGAAUAAUGGUUAAUAAAGCAUUUGAAGAUUUCUUGAAGGAGCUUGCUGGUAAAGAUGUUUUCGAACAAUUCAAAGUGCAUGAGAUAGAAGACUGGUUGUGUAUGCAGCGAGAGUUUGAAGUGAAGAAGAGAGAAAUAAGAAAUUCUGCAAGACGGGUACUUAUGCAUCUCCCAGCAUCGACUGUCGAAUUGUGUGAGAAAGAAAGAAAACUCUGUUUCAUUGAUGUAAUUGCAUCAACCAGAUAUGCAGAAUUAGUGGAAAUAAAACGAGACAAUAUCAACAUAUCUAAGAUUGUAUUAUUUUAUUUGUUUGGAGAUCCCACAAAGAAAACCGUAAUGUACGUGAAAAAAAUAUUGAACUAUAAUGAAACAAAAGAUAUAAAGGCUAUUCUGAUGGUUGGUGGGUUUUGUGAGUCGCCACUGUUGCAGCAUGCUGUCAAAGAGGCGUUUCCAGAAGAACAGGUACUUAUACCUUCAAAUGUAUCAUCAACUGUACUGAGAGGUGCGUUGAUAUUUGGUCAUAACCCUGAAUGCAUAACUGUACGAACUUUGAAAUACACAAAUGGAGAUAAAACUACGACUCCUUUCAAAGCAUGGCUGCAUGCAGUUGAAAAAAAUUAACACGGAUUCUGGAAUAAAAUGUAAAGACAUGUUCAAAACAUAUGUAUAAAAGCGUCAAAAAGUAAAGGUAGGGGAAUUUCAGGUGAAAAAAAUGUUACUCAACGGUUUACAAAAAAUAGAUAUGAGUAGAUUUUGACUUUUUUAUAUCCGAAAAAGUGAAUCCGUAUUAGUAGUUGAAGAAGAAUGUACUUACAUUGGAAAUUUGAAAAUAAGGUUUGAAGAGCCAGAUGAGAACGUAGGACGAAAAGUCAAAGUUUUGAUGGCAUUGGAGGGACUGAAAUUGUAGUUGAGGCAGAAGACUAAAAAAACCAAAAAAAAAAACCAAAAAACAAAAACAAAACAAAAAAAAAAAAAAACGGGAAAUAAAACUGUAGCAACAUUGGAUUGCUUGGGCUAAAGCUUUCUACUGUUAGAAACAGGUUCAGACACAGAUAAAUAUUUAAUAUUCUUAAAUAUAUUAUUAUGCAGAUAUGGUAGACAUAUUAUCCAUACAUAAUAUGUAAUUUUGUUUAUAUCAUCACUGUUUAUACGUGAGCUCAAGUCAAUAUUGUCGAUAUUUACAAAUAAGCGUUGCUGUUGGUUAGAAUUUAUUUAAAGUAACUGCGCUCUGCAAGUUCUAUUCCUUCACAUUCUGACUGUGUGAAGGCAUCGUGUCGUAAUUUGCUGAUCCACGAAAAUUACUGAGGCAUGCCUAUAGGACACGACAGAUAAUAGACGAAUUGUAUUCAGUUUUACUGCCAUAUAUACACUGGAUGUUAAAAAUCAAGAACAUCAAAAGAGAAAAUUUAAAAAAUAUU